AUGACAUUUUCCGAAUUUGUCCAGAAGUGUUCCGCUGCCACCACCCUGACCGACAGACUUGCUUUGAUGUUCAAUGGUGUGACUUAUACUCGAGAAAAUUGCAGUGAUCCUACAAUUUGCGAGAUCAACAUUGACGCUUUUAUCUCCCAUGCUUCAAAGGUUGUACCCAUUAAGCCGAAGACCCGUGUAAAACUUUUCUUAAGUCCCCAUUGGGGAACAGCCUUAAAUCGUUUAGAGUUUGGUUCUUUUACUUUUUGUGGUGACAAGGACUACAUAAAAAAUUAUCCCCACACCUUACUUUUUGAGUUAUCUUCGGAAGCUUUAAUGAAAAUCCAUAUUGUUUUUCCCAAUAUGAAACAAAAGAAUCUUGGAAUGCAAGGCAGGAAGAGAAUCUUAAGCGCUGGAUGCCAAAGAAAGUUUACCGACAAACUUCUCUUGCCAGCAUUGAAACGUCUGUUGUCGAAUUCUGCAUACAAUCGCUCUGGUGCCACUUACGGGCAAUCCAUUGGAACUGGGUUUCAUGCGACAAUUCCCAGGUUUUUGUUUGGUUCUGAUGUACCAGUUUUGGUACAUCAUAUGCGGGAAAUUGCCCGUGAAAGCUUGGAACUGGCGCAAUUCCGUCAUUUUGUGUUCGUGUGCUCUUCCUUUGGGUUUAAAUGUCCAAUUUAUGGUGAUGACCAUUUGUCAAUUCUUGACACCAUGCUGGACUGGUCAUUACUUGAUGCCAGCAAAUGUUUGAUUGAUAUCGGCAUCAACUUUUAUGCCGAAUCAAAGUUAGGUAGUCAUGCCAUUACUUUUGUAAAGGCAGAGCAUUGCUACUCCCUCGGCAGUCUGUUUGCUGGAUCGUCAGCUAAGACCAAGCUGAUGAACAUGACCUUGGGUACCUUUGGUGGUAUCAAAGCCGUAAGUGCCUCGCCUGCAUCCAGGUAUGCCUCAAAGGUGCUUAUCUACAAUGAUAUCAAGUAUCCAUUUACUUUGGGAAAUGUCGGGUACAAUGGUAGUAUCUGUGGUGAGUGGAAUGCCGAGGAAAUGCGAAAGAAAUUUCGUCAUUACACUGGGCGCCACCUGUUUGGGAUGGAGAUAAAAUAUGGCUUUCGGAUAAUAUAUGUGACGCGUUAG